AUGUUGCCCUUCUAUUCAACUAAGCUGCUGCUUCGUAAUCAAGGAAGAAAAUUUUUUAUCAAUAAUUCGACUAUUUCAUCAAGACAAAUUCUGAAAAGUUCCAUACCUUUAUUUAACCUCACUUCUAGAACCAAGCUAAUUCCUUCGACCACAAAACGAUCACAAAAUAUCUUAAGAUGUACGAGAUUUUAUUCCCAGCGAACCAAUCUGCUCAGGGAAUGGAGAAGAAGAUUCUUCCCAGACACUGAUACAAGUGAUCGAUAUAUCCGUCUAAAUCGAUUUCAACAAUACAACAGAAACAAUGACCACAAUUCAUACAAUAAUAAUGAGGACAAUAGAAUACGUAACAUCACACUAAUUGGCCUAGGAUCUAUGGUCGGUAUCUACUUCACAACGCCCUACUUAUUCCAACUCCCACCAUUCAAUCAUUUCAAAAGAAACCCAAAGCAUCUAGUAUAUACACUGCUAGGUUUGAAUCUCUUUGUGUUCACACUAUGGCAAAUACCAAGGAACUGGCAUUUCCUACAAAAGUAUAUGCUUUUACAAAAGAGUAAUAUCCAAAGUAAUUGGUCCAUCAUAGGAAGUGCCUUUUCUCAUCAAGAAUUUUGGCAUCUUGGUAUGAACAUGUUAGCAUUAUGGUCCUUCGGUACCACACUUUCCACUGUCCUUGGUGCUUCUGGGUUCUUCUCAUUGUAUAUGAAUAGUGCGAUCAUGGGGUCAUUAUUUUCGUUAUGGUAUCCACGUAUUGCGAGGAUGGGAUUAUUAGUAAUGGGACCCAGUUUAGGUGCUUCAGGAGCGUUGUUUGGUGUUUUAGGUUGCUUCUCGUAUUUGUUCCCUACUUCAAAGAUUCUAUUGUUUGUGUUUCCUGUUCCUGGGGGAGCUUGGGUAGCUUUCCUAGCAUCUGUAGUUUGGAAUGGUGCAGGUUGUGUUUUAAAAUGGGGCUCUUUUGAUUAUGCUGCUCAUUUAGGUGGAUCUUUGAUUGGGGUCGCAUAUGGUUGGUAUAUAAAGACGAAGCUAGAGAAACAAAGAGAAGAAAGAAGGAGACGGAUUGUAAGGAGUAGGGGUGGGGGAGGAUUCCCAUGGUUUUAA